AUGCAUGGGUCCUCGCCGCAUCCCGUCAGCGAUCUUCCUGGACAAUCGGAUAGCCAGAAGGCGAGCGUGUGCAAAGCAUUUCCCUUCCGCGGCUUCAUAGAUGGAAUCGAGUGCCGCGCCAUCAGCAUGGAGCAAUUGCAGAGGUUCGUGGUGUUCGCUGCAUCCAAUUGUAAUACCUGGGCGCUGGGCGACCAGCCAAAGCUGUCGACCAGCGUGUUGAACUUCUUUCACUUGAACGAAUUCCUGCUGUUGCCAGCGACGGAGGAGCAGGAUUGUUCGGCUGUUGAGUUGGUCAGCGACAAAGAGCAGAGUUCGCUGGUUUUCGUAAGUCACUGGUGGGGUGAGCUGCUUCGCGACUUUACGGACUGCCUGGGAUGCUACCGCCGCGCCAAAGAACUCAAAAAGGACUCCUUCAUGUGGAUUUGUGCGUUUGCAGAAAGGCAGCAUUCUCUUCAGCGACGGCUCUCAGUGGAUGUGGAAUCUGGCUUUAUGAGACCUCUCACACGGGCUGAUCACAUCCUGCUGAUGCUCAGCGGAGAGACCGAACCCUUAUGUGGUCUCGGUCAGUUCUUCUCUCGAGCCUGGUGCCUUUUCGAGGUGUCCAAGGCGAUUGAGCUGAAGAAAGUUAUUGACUAUGCGGCUAUGACGGCAAACGGCCCAUCAGUGCUUGUGGAGAGCAUCCUUGAUCAGGUUGGGCAAAUGGAGAAGAAGACUCCGCGAUCCCAAGCCAGGAGCACCCGACUGCGGGAGACGACAUUUCCCAUUGAGGUUUUGGCAUCUGGACUCCAGCUUGACAUCCAGGCAGCCCAAACAUCUCGCGAGGCCGAUCACGAGAGAAUCCUGAAGUCCAUCGCAGGCCAUCCGCCUGACUAUGUCUUGGAGCCGGGUGACACGCGACAUUUCCAGGAGGAGUUCCGAAAGUUCAAUGCAAGACUGCGGGCGGAGCUGGCCCUGUCGGCUUGGUUUCAGGCCGUCCAGUCGCAGAUGGACUCGAAGCCCUUGGCCCGAGCAUUGAUCGGGGAUGAGACUCGCACCUCACUCAUGAAGAACUUCGCUCACUGCUCCGGGUUUGAGGAUCGCAACUUGGCGAUCCUGGCGGCCUCGCUGCCGAGUCAUCUCCGCCAUCUGGAACUCUCCUUCUGGAUGUGUACAGGGAUCGGAUCUCCCGGCCUGCGCGCUUUUUCCAAGAUCUUGCCGGCUUUGAAACAAUUGGAAACGCUCACGCUGGACUUUCAGAUGUGCACAAGGAUCGGUCAGACAGGUGUCGACGCACUAGGUCUCUGCCUGCCGGCAACCAUCGUUUCUUUAAUCCUGAAUUUCGAGCGUUCCCACAUCCGCAAUGUCCAGAUUUUGGCCAAAGGAAUCGCCAAUCUCAAGAAUCUCCGUGUCCUUGGCCUCGACUUCGGAGGCAUCGACAACGUCGAUGACCGGCAAGUGAGUGCGAUCUCCGAGUGUCUCCCCGCGCGGCUGAUCAACUUGCACCUCUCGCUGAGGGGAUGUCCUUACUUUACCACUCUGGGAGUUCACUCGCUGGUCCUGGGGCUCCCUCCGGAGAUGUCCAUGCUGUCCUUGAACUUCAGUAGCUGCGACCGCAUCAACUACGAUGCGGUGAAGUGGUUGGCGCACAAGUUACCCCGCAUGCUGAAGGUCCUCCGCGUGGACCUCUCCGAUACGCAGGUCGACGAUGCGGCCGCCAUGCUUUUGAUGCAGCGGCUCCCGUCACCUCUCCAAGGUGCCAAGAUCAGCCUUGGAAACACCAGGGUAUCUCCUUCCAUCCAAAGGGCCUGUCGCAAGCUCGAGACCAUUCGCAGCCUUCUGGUGGAUGGGGCACUGCGAUCGCAGCCAACGGAGAAGCUGACCAUCGCCAGACGUAUCCGGCGCAAGAGUUACUUGGUGGCAGCACGGACAGACUUUGCCACGGGCAGUCAUUUUGGCCAUGAAGCCCAAGCUGCAACGUUUCCGGUAGAGGAUGUUGGCAAUGCAGUGCCACAGUUUUCGCGAAAGCUAGCUCUGUGGAGCUUGCGGGAGUUGUCGUUUACAAUUCACCUAGGUAGUAUAGGGAACUAG